UAAGAAACAUCUCACUAUUUGUUUUUCACAGAAAAGGAAGAAAUGUAUCUCAUGAGGCAAACGACAACAUGGCGUUUGAGAUGAUUCAGAACGGAGAUAGAGCAUACACAUCUCUCAAACUCGGUCCAUCCCACUCUCCCAUCAUUGCUCCUGAAAACCUGACGUUCUUCACCAGACUCGGUUCGAUUGGACGGGGUGACUUCGGUGGGGUAUGGAAGGGAGAACUCCGCUCGAAUCAAAGUCAAGUAGACGUCGGUAUAAGGCAGAUUCCAGAUCAAGUGACCAAAUCAAAUAACGUUCUUGAAGCUGUGAAGGUCCUUUCUGAGCUACCGGAUCAACCGAAUGUUGUCAAGUGCCUCGGAUAUUGUCAAGAACAAGGUAGCAUUAUGUAUGAGUUCAUCUGUGGGGGUACCCUACUUACCCAUCUACAGACCACAGGGGUGCAAUCCCAGCCCACAUACAGCAAUCUCAAACCAAAGAGGGUUCGUAUCGAUGAAGCUAGUCUACUCAACCUGGCUUGGCAAAUCGCAAAAGGGAUGCAGUAUCUUGCAUCGAAGAAGGUAACCUGAUUUAAUGACUUGCAAUAAGAGAGAAGGUACUAAAGAAAAGGGGAACCGAUGGGAGGGGAUAGGAGAGAAAAAUAUGGGAAAAUGGAAGCAUGGGUGAAAAGGAGCUGCAUAGAUGAAAGUAGUCCACUAAACUUUGCUAGGAAAUACGUCAGAGAGAUACAGUUUCUU